UCAAUAUUUUUUCAUUCACAAUCACCCUUUGGAGUUUUUUGUAUUUAUUUACUAACAUUCUCUAAAACCUUGUAUAUUGAAUGCUUGAUUGAUUACUUACUCUCUAAUAUUUUCACAGACUUUUAAUCUAUACAAUAUUAAAAGUAGAACAUGUAACUGUGAACCGCCUUGCUCAAUUAUGAAUACAAUAGAAAAGUAAGAGGUCUGGCUAUUAAAUAACGAGACUGCGCGCGCAGAAGGUGUCCUAGAGGGGAAGAGUGGGAAACGAAUGCAGCAUUGGAUAGCUGGAAGCAAACUGGAAGUGUCUACUCUUCCAGUACGAAAACACGUUUUUGUCGCUGUAGUAGUAUUUUUUCUGUAGAGGUUAGAAAAGAACGUGUUUUUUUCUCGUGCCGAUAACAAUGUGUGACGAAAAACAUGAGCAACGGAUUAAUGUGAAAUUUCUCGUUAAAUUAAAAAAAAAAACUCCGACUGAGUGCUAUAAUUUGUUGAAAGAGGCCUAUGGUGAGAAUUCUCUAUCUCGUGCUCGUGUUUUCGAAUGGUAUAAACGGGUUUCUGAAGGCCGAGAGAGCGCCGAAGAUGACCAACGUCCAGGUCGACCUGUCUCUGUUUCAACUCCGCAAACAAUGACCGAAAUAAAUGAAAUUGUGCGCGGAGAUCGUCGUAUGCGCAUUCGGAUAAUUGCUGAGACAGUAAACGCCGAUAAAGAAACUGUCAGAAAAAUUUUACAUGAAUUGAACAUGAAGAAAGUCUGUGCGAAGUUGAUCCCAAAAAAUUUGACCCCUGACCAAAAGCUCGUCUGUCAACAGAUCGUUAUUUAGCCGCUAGAGGCAUUCCAGUGCUCGAACACCCGCCGUACUCGCCUGAUGUAGCACCCUGUGACUUUUUCCUGUUUCCGAAGAUCAAGUCUGCCUUAAAAGGAAUCUGGUUCGAGACGAUGGAAGAGGAGAAGCGAAAAACGGCGGAGCUCCUAAAAGCUCUAACAAAAGAAGACUUUCAGCAUUGCUUUGACCAAUGGAAAAAACGAAUGGAACAGUGUGUGGCGAGGGAAGGGGAAUAUAUUGAAGUAGAGCAUUCGAUUUUAGAAUAAUUUUUAAAAUAAAACUCUUUUUCAUAAGCAGUCUCGUUAUUUAAUAGCCAGACCUCGUAUACUAGGAGAUAGAAAUA